ACAUGGUAACAAUGGCUACAUGUGAUGACUCUGGAGGUGGAUAUGACUUCAAGUUUGUUGAUAGUGAUCCUCCAGAUGAGUAUCAAUGCCAUAUCUGUACACUGGUAGCACAGGAUCCUCAACAAGUUACCUGUUGCUCCAAUAUAUACUGUAAGAGCUGUCUGGAUACACUAAAAGAGAAGGGCCAAGGGUUUAUCUGCCCAACUUGUCGUAGCUCACUAGAAGGAAAGUACUUUAAAGAUGGAAGAGUAGAAAGGGGAAUAAAGUCACUUGAGAUCUAUUGCACUAACACUGAUAGUGGGUGCCAAUGGAUGGGGACUAUUAAGGAUAUUGAUACUCAUCUUAAUAGUUGUACCUAUCAACUGGUACCUUGUACUAAUGAGUGUGGAGAGAAGAUUAGGAGAAGUGCACUGGAGAUACAUCUGACAGACAAUUGUCCUAAACGAAUAGCCCAGUGUCAGUAUUGUAAAAAAGAAGGACUGUGGAAGUUGAUAGCAAGCGAAAGCCAUCUUGAUGAGUGUCCUGACCUCCCAAUCCAAUGCAGUAAUGAAGGUUGCAAUGAGAAGAUACCACAACGUUCACUAGCAUCACACAAUGAGACCUGCCCUAAAGCUAUCAUAUCAUGUGAAUACAAUACUGUUGGAUGUAAGAUCACAAUGAAACGAGAAGAACAAGACAAACACAACGAAGAAUCAAUAAAACACCAUCUUGAUAUAGCCAUGAAGAAGAUUGAUGCUCUACAGUUAACCAAUCAUGUCUUUAAGCUAAGUGAAUAUGCAGAGAAAAAAGAAGAUGAAGAUUGGUACAGUCCAGAGUUUCACACAUCACCAGGAGGAUAUAAGAUGCAUUUAAAUGUUGUUGCUAAUGGUGAUGAUGAUGGUGAAAGCACACACGUCUCUUGCUACAUAUGUCUGAUGGGAGGAGAAUAUGAUGAUACAUUGGAGUGGCCAUUUCAAGGAGAAGUUACUAUAGAACUACUGAAUCAACUGGAGGAUAAGAAUCAUUGGAAGAAUAUCGUAUUAUUUGAUGAAUCCGUACCAGAUGAAAGCAAGAAAAGAGUAUUCAAAGGAGAUAAUACACUAGGAUGGGGUACAGAUCAAUUUAUACCACAUUCUGCAUUAGAGUAUGAUGCUAUGAAUAAUUGUCAGUAUUUUAAAGAUGAUAGUCUGUACUUCAGAGUCAGUGUGAAGGUUACAUCAAAGAAAAAGCCAUGGCUGACAUCUGCUAAAUAAUACUAUUAGUACAAUAUCAAUAAUUAAUUACACAAGUUG